UCCGCCAGCACUCUUGCAGUGGAUGAAUGCGUGGCGUUGAUGGACUGGUGAAAAUUCAUCAAAAUUCACUCAAGUCAGGCAGUUUUGAGUUCCACUAGAAAGCCAGCAAAAUGCCGGCGUAUUUUCAGCGCCCAGAAAAUGCUCUCAAACGAGCAAACGAGUUUCUGGAGGUUGGCAAGAAGCAGCCAGCCUUGGAUGUCUUGUACGAUGUCAUCAAGAGCAAGAAACAUCGAACAUGGCAGAAGAUCCACGAGCCCAUCAUGCUCAAGUACCUGGAGCUCUGCGUGGAUCUACGCAAGAGCCACCUGGCCAAAGAGGGUCUCUACCAGUACAAGAACAUCUGCCAGCAGGUGAACAUCAAAUCUCUGGAGGAUGUGGUGAGGGCUUACCUGAAGCUAGCCGAGGAGAAGACUGAGACGGCCAAGGGAGAGUCCCAGCAGAUGGUCCUGGACAUCGAGGAUCUGGACAACAUCCAGACUCCAGAGAGUGUGCUCCUGAGCGCUGUGAGUGGAGAGGACACUCAGGAUCGUACUGAUCGCCUGCUGCUCACUCCAUGGGUGAAAUUCCUGUGGGAGUCCUACCGCCAGUGCCUGGACCUGCUGCGAAACAACUCCAAGGUGGAGCGACUGUACCAUGAUAUCGCCCAGCAAGCUUUCAAGUUCUGCCUCCAGUACACUCGCAAAGCUGAGUUUCGCAAGCUGUGCGACAACCUGCGUAUGCAUCUGGGUCAGAUCCAGCGACACCACAACCAGAGCACCGCCAUCAACCUGAACAACCCCGAAAGCCAGUCCAUGCAUCUGGAGACACGUCUGGUGCAGCUGGACAGCGCCAUAAGCAUGGAGCUCUGGCAGGAAGCAUUCAAGGCUGUUGAGGACAUCCACGGCCUGUUUGCUCUUUCCAAGAAGCCCCCCAAGCCCCAGCUGAUGGCCAACUACUACAACAAGGUGUCCACUGUGUUCUGGAAAUCUGGAAAUGCUCUUUUCCACGCCUGCACCCUCCAUCGGCUCUACCACCUCUCCAGGGAGAUGCGCAAGAAUCUCACCCAAGAUGAGAUGCAGAGGAUGUCCACCAGAGUCCUCCUGGCCACUCUGUCCAUUCCCAUCACUCCCGAGCGCACUGAUAUCGCUCGUCUGCUGGAUAUGGAUGGAAUCAUUGUGGAGAAACACCGCCGGCUGGCAACCCUCCUUGGCCUGCAGUCUCCACCAACCCGCCAGAGUCUCAUCAAUGACAUGGUGAGAUUUAACCUGCUGCAGUAUGUCGUACCUGACAUUAAGGAACUUUACAACUGGCUUGAGGUAGACUUCCAUCCUCUUAAGCUCAGCGGAAGAGUCACCAAGGUGCUGAACUGGGUGAGAGACCAGGCCGAGAAGGAGUCUGACCUCCAGCAGUAUGUUCCUCACCUGCAGAGUAACACCAUCCUGCGUCUCCUGCAACAAGUUGCACAGAUCUACCAGAGCAUCGAGUUCAGUCGUCUGGCCUCCCUGGUUCCGUUUGUGGACGCCUUCCAGCUAGAGCGUUCCAUUGUGGAUGCUGCCAGGCACUGUGAUCUACAGGUCCGAAUAGACCACUCCUCUCGAACUCUUAGCUUUGGAUCUGACCUGAACUACUCGACCAAAGAGGAUGCUCCAGUUGGUCCCUUCCUGCAGAACAUGCCCUCAGAGCAGAUCAGGAACCAGCUGACUGCCAUGUCUGCCUCUUUGGCCAAGGCCAUCCAGGUCAUCAAGCCCGCCUCCAUGCUGCAAGAGCGUGAGGAGCAGAGCCAGCAGGCCAUCGCUGCCUAUCUUAAGAAUGCCCGCAAGGACCACCAGCGCAUCCUGGCUCGGAGACAGACCAUCGAGGAGCGAAAGGAGCGCCUGGAAAGCCUCAACAUACAGCGCGAGAAAGAGGAGCAUGAGCAGCGGGAGGCUGAGCUGCAGAAGGUCCGCAAGGCUGAGGAGGAGCGUCUGCGCCAGGAGGCCAAAGAGAGGGAGAAGGAGCGCAUCAUGCAAGAGCACGAGCAGAUAAAGAAGAAGACCGUGCGAGAACGGCUGGAACAAAUCAAGAAGACUGAACUCGGAGCCAAAGCCUUCAAGGAUAUUGAUAUUGAGGACCUGGAGGAGCUGGACCCCGACUUCAUCAUGGCUAAGCAGGUGGAGCAGCUCGAGAAAGAGAAGAAGGAACUACAGGAGCGUCUGAAGAACCAGGAGAAGAAGAUUGACUACUUCGAGAGGGCAAAACGACUCGAAGAAAUUCCUCUCAUCAAAAAGGCCUAUGAGGAGCAGCGCAUCAAGGACAUGGAACUGUGGGAGCUCCAGGAGGAGGAGAGGAUCAGUAACAUGAAAGUUGAACGGGAGAAGGCUCUGGAGCACAAGAAGCGCAUGUCCAGGAUGAUGGAAGACAAAGAAAACUUUUUGUCUAAAAUAACUGCUGCCCGUAGCUUCAUCUAUGAGGAAAAACUGAAGUCAUUCGAGGAGCGCUUGGUGGAGGAGAGGAAGAAGCGCAUGGAAGAAAGAAAGAAGCAGCGCAAAGAGGACAGGCGUAACAAUUACUACCGCCAAAAAGAAGAGGAUGCACAACGUAUCCAUGAGGAGCAGCUCAAGAAAGAGCGUGAGGAUGCUGAGCGCAUUGAACAAGAGCAGCGAGAGGAGGAGGAGAGGGAGUACCAGGAGCGCCUGCGCAAGCUGGAGGAGCAGGAGAGGAAGCAACGCGCUCGUCAGCAGGAGAUUGAGGAGCGUGAACGCCGCCGUGAAGAGGAGAGAAAGGGCCCACCAGAAGAAAAAGCCAAAGCUGACUGGGGGGGUGAGAAGGAGGAGGGAGGAGGAGGAGGAUGGAGGAAGCGCACUGAAGGCGGUGAUUCAGAAUGGCGUCGUCCUGUGCCUGACAGGGAGUGGAGACAAGAGGGUCGUGAAGAAGGGGAAGAGAAAGAGGCACCCUUCAGGCGAGGAGAGCCCUCACGUAGGGGUGGAGAUGACCGAGGACCCCGUAGGGGCUUUGAGGAUGAUCGAGGUCCACGUCGCAGUGCAGAUGAUGACCGUCCUCCACGCAGAGGAAUGGAUGAUGACCGAGGUCCACGCAGAGGCUUUGAUGAAGACCGUGGCCCAAGGCGUGGCUUUGAUGAUGAUCGCGCUCCUAGACGUGGCUUUGAUGAUGACAGAGGUUCACGUAGAGGCAUGGAAGACAGGGGUCCCAGGCGUGGGGCUGAUGAUGACUGGGGUCCCAGGCGUGGGGCUGAUGAUGACAGAGGUGGAAGAAGAGGCAUGGAUGAUGGGCCCCGUCGUGGUGGUGAAGACCCCAAAGCCUGGAAGCCCCUCGUCAAAACUGGUGGUUGGCGUGAGCGGGAAAAAGCCCGGGAGGACAGCUGGGGUCCACCUCGUGAUGACAAUGAUAACGAAGAGGAAGAAGAGGGAAAAUCCAGCGACCGCUUCAGAGACCGUCCUCCACCCAGAGAGGAUGCCUGGAGGAGGGCGGGCACAGACGAAGGAUCCAACUGGAGAAGUUCUCGCCGAGAGGACACUGACAAUGAUGAUCGUCGUGACAGAGAUGAACGCCGUGACCGUGAAGAUCGCCGUGGUGACCGCCGUGAGCGUCGUGAUGAUGAACCGAGAGUCCCACCCAGAGAGUCUGAUGAGGGAAGCUCCUGGCGUCGUGGAGGUGAAAAGCCGGUGGAUCAGGACAGGGACCAGCCCAGAGAGAGGGAGCGCGAACAGGGCCUUGAUGAGGACAAGUCCUGGCGCGGUGACAAAGACCCCCGUCGCACUAAGAACGAGACAGAUGAUGACGGCUGGACUACUGUCCGCCGCUGAGUCCAAACGUCUGCAUCCAAUUGGCUCAUUUAAAUGAUAAAUUGGUUUUGAAAAUAUGACUACAAGCUUCUGAUACAUCUGUGCGUUGUUCCUAUUGAAUGAAUGAAAUAUUUGUAGACAGUAGUGGAGUAUUUUCCUUUUAUCUUUAUUUUGACUUCCAGCAAUUCAGAACCAGACACAAAACACCAUCAACCAAUGAAACUGUGUGCACUUGGGCCUCAUGCAAACCAUCCAAAAAAACCCAUCAUCAGAAAUGACCCACCACCAAUGGUUAGGAGUGUUAUUACCCAAAUUAAUAAAGUGAUAUUGACAAUACUGAAAACCAAUGUACCAACCGCAGCUUUCAAUACAAACUCCGUUUAUCACCAACUGCCUCUUUUAAACAUUAACAUGUUCAUAUAUGUUACAUAACAGCAAAGAUCCACAACUCUUGUAACGGCAAUGACGACAAAAACUGUCAUCUGUUUCAGUGAUCUCUGCUCUUACUGUAAUUUUUCAGAUGCUUCUUAACCUGUUGAACAACGAGUGGAAUUUCCAUUUUGAUGUGCAUGCUUAGAAUAUUCAAUUGGUCUCCUGAUGAUAAUAAAACUCUGUGCUUCUAUCUUCUGCUGCAAUCAAUGGUAUCAAACCAGGUUGCAUGUGUACAGAUAAAGCCUUAAUUAAUAAAGAUGUUUGCUCAACGCUUA